UUUGACACAAGCCACAUUUACCUUGUCCCCCACCAGCGUUCCCGCACCAGCAGGCAGGAGCGAACUCUUGGCGGGUCCCCACACCCACAAUCCAAAAUUGUGGAAGCAAAAACAACCUCACACUUUUUGAAAUUUCUCGAUCGUCAACCACGAGCCGAAUCGCCCAGUCCCCCGAUUUCGACGACAACACCGCCGCCAUGUCUGCUGAGAAGGCCCAGAACCCCAUGCGGGAGCUCCGCAUCCAGAAGCUCGUCCUGAACAUCUCAGUCGGCGAGUCUGGUGAUAGACUUACCCGUGCUGCCAAGGUGCUGGAGCAGCUGAGCGGUCAGACCCCCGUCUACAGCAAGGCCCGCUACACCGUCCGUACCUUCGGUAUCCGCCGUAACGAAAAGAUCGCCGUCCACGUCACCGUCCGUGGCCCCAAGGCCGAGGAGAUUCUCGAGCGUGGCCUCAAGGUCAAGGAGUACGAGCUGCGCAAGCGCAACUUCUCCGAGACCGGCAACUUCGGCUUCGGUAUUUCCGAGCACAUCGAUCUCGGCAUCAAGUACGACCCCGGUAUCGGUAUCUACGGCAUGGACUUCUACUGCUGCAUGACCCGCCCCGGUGAGCGUGUUGCUCGCCGCCGCCGCGCCAAGGCCAGAGUCGGUGCCAGCCACCGCAUCACCCGCGACGACACCGUCAAGUGGUUCAAGCAGCGCUUCGAUGCCAUUGUCCGCUAAAUGUGGUCAGUUGUGUUAGUGCUGGGCGGAAUCAACAAAACAAAACUGGGAAAUCAAAGGGAAUGGGGAGUUUCGGCUCAUCGGCAUCUCUAGGAGGAGGGGGGAAAAUACACAAAAUGGAUGGCGUUUUCUCUCCAACGGGCAAAUGUGUAGUGCAGCUUAUGAUACCUUGGCGAUUCUUUCGUCCACCUGCUUGUUCCUGCUUUUCAGCAGGACGAGCCACGGCCUCAGAGACCGACCGGCGUUAUGCCGGCUUACCAAUCCCUUAACUCCCGUGACAGAAG